AUGAUGAUGUAACUAUUCCCCCAAAAACUAAAAAAAAACAAGAAAAGCUCAUGAGAGAAAGUUGACGAAACCAAAAAAAAGGGGGGAAAUUCAAAAAAAAGGGAAAACUCACCAGCAAAACGAGCUAAUUUUAUAUGAAAGCCAAACUGUUAAGGCCUCCAGAACCCAGAGAACCGCCCAAGAUCGACGUGUGAGUGACACCUCCAUCGGGGCGCGCGCGAGGGCGCAAGAGAUGUCUCGUCUCAUCAAGGACAUCAAGGACUCCACUCACCGAUCCAUCCCAGACGGAGGAGGAGGAGGAGGAGGAGGAGGAGGUGGGGGGUCACCUUACUCCUACCCCACCGCCACAACAACAGGCCCAGCAGCCUCUGGGGUCGUCGUAGGGUCUCCCGUAGCGGCGUCUGGGGCCUCCCCUUCCUCGGGGGCCCAGAGCGGCGGGGCCAACUCCCCCAUGUCUGGCAACAGGAUCGUGAAGACGUGGCGGGUGAUGGGAGACAGGACGCGCUCCAAGACGAAGGACAUCCUGAAGAGGUGGCAGACGAUGAACAACGGUCAGACCUCCGAGGACUCUCUCGCGGGGCUGGACGACUGCAGCGACAUGAGCGGCAGCACAGAGAGCGACAGGGGGCACCGCCAGAAGAAGGGCACCUGGAGUGUUCACGUCUGGAUGGACUCGCAGUCGUGGAUCCAACUGACACCCCGGAGGCGAACGUACUUCCGCGCCAACGACCGCCUCGGAUCCAACGCCUCCCCGCGAUCCUCCUCCGCCUCCUCGUCCUUCAGAGGGUCUUCGGAGCCAUCGGCGAGGCUGCUGCGGCACGAGUCAGAGUCAGAUAUUUCGGAGGGCAUGAACCUUCGUUGGUCACCAAAGGCUGGCAGCAGACGAUAUUGGAAACAGAAGAGCAAGUGUCUGUUUGGAGCCACCUGGGUGCGGAGGCCCUUCGAAGACGAUGACGACAUGCAACCGCCCGAGGGGAAGAUGCACCUGUCUGAUUUCCAGGUGGAGAAGUUCACCUACUACUUCACAGACGUCUUCGACCACAACAAGGACAGAGUCAUCACUAUCGAGGACAUUCACGCGCUGAAUGAGAGAAUGCGUCACUACGCGGGCUGGUCAGAGGAUAACGAAUAUUAUCUCACGAUGAAGGAAAUCCACGCCGACUUCUUCGAAUGCCUUUUGGAACACGUCGGAAAAAUUGAGCCCGAGUAUGGUUUUGAAUUUGACGUCGACAGGAUUCCUGACCGAGUUCAGAUGUACCAGUGGCUCAACAUGUGGGGUAAUCUGACUCACGGAGCCAGAGCCAUGUUGGAUUUCCCCAUAUGGCUCCAAAUCCUCCCGAAGAUCCUCUUCAAAGUUAUCAACAGGAAGGAUAACGGAAUCAUAUCUUUCGAUGAACUGAGGAGCUUCUACGCCCAUUUUAUCAAGCUUCCUGAAGUUCAGCUCGAUACAGUAUCCGAAGAGGCUUAUAGAGCUCUAACUUCAAGCGGAGAUUUCCCGAUAACGGAGGGUGUUUACCUGAUGGCCUUCGCCAAUUUCCUGCUCGGCAAAACGCCCCAUGGUCCUGGCAAAUACAUCUUCGGAGGUUUCAAAGACAGUGACGUGGGAUUCUUCCAGGUCGAUUACUCCUGUCUCCUGGAACCGACAGAGGAUUAGCAUACCGACCUUUAAACCGAGGUCUGGAAACUGUAUGUUCAGAAGCUCAAAAGAUUUAGAUUGUUCCAGGUCUACAACUCCUAACUUCUGGAUUCUACAGAGGAUUAACGCACCGAGGUCUGGAAAAUGCAUCUUGAGACGGUUCAGGGAUUUACAUUCGUCCUGGUCCAAUACUAUUGCCUUCUGGAACGGACAGAGGACUAAUUCACCGACCUAUGAACCGACGUCUGGAAGAUACAACUUUCCAGGUCGAUUACGCCUACCACAUGGAACCGACAGAGGACUAACACACCAACCUGUGAACCGAGGUCUGGAAGAUACACUUUUCCAGGUCAGUUAUGCCUACCAUCUGGAACUGACAAAGAAUUAGUACACAGACCUGUAAACCGAGGUCUGGAAAAUACAGUUUUCAGGCUUCAAAUAUGUAGACUUCCAGGUCGAUUAUUCCUGCUUCCUGGAAUAGACCAGAGGACUAACACACCGACCUGUAAACCCAGGUUUGGAAGAUACAACUUACAAGUCGAUUACGCCUACUAUCUGGAAUAGCAUAUAAACCAAGGUCUAGAAAAUACAAUUGUCAGGCUUCAAGACGUAGAUUCUUCCAGGUCGAUUAUUUCUGUCUCCUGGAAUCGACAGAGGACUAACACACCGACUGUAAAAAGGGAUAAGGAAACUGUAUCUCCAGAAGCUUCAAUGAUAUGGAUUCUUCCAGGUCGAUUACUGUCCCCUGGAGCCACUGACUGAGGACUAUUACACAGACCUUUCAACUGGGGUCUGGGAUCUUCCAGGUCAUAUAUUCUUCAUCCCUGGAACCGACAGUGCUAAAAUUUGGAAGCUACAAAGAUAACGACGCUAGAUUCUUCUACUGGAACCGAUAGAAGACUGCCCCGCUAGACUGGAAGCCUAGGUCUGGCAAAUAUAUCUGCGGAGGCUAUAAAUUCCAGGUCAUAUAUUCCUUCUUUCUGGAACCCACAGAGGGCUGAAAUUUUAAGCUGUAAACAGAGAUCUGGAAAUGAAUCUUUGGAGAUUUCAAAGAUAGUAGGCCGAGUUCUUCCAGGACAUAUACUCCUUUUCCUGGAACUGACAAGAGGGCUGACGCGUUGGUAUGUAGAGCAAGGUCUGGAAAUUACUUCCCUGGAAACUACAAAAACAACAACGCAGAAUUUUUGUCGGUCAUUUAUCCCUUCUUCCUGAAACGGAAUAACACUCUGACCUGUAAACCGUGGCCUGGAAGAUACAUUUCUGGAGAGUUCUAAGAUAAUAACAUUGGAUUCUUCAAGGUCGACUAGUCACGACCUGUGAACCGGAUUUUCGGAUGCCCUUACUAGAAUAUAUGGUGAGUGGCUGCCAGAUGUCCUGAGACGGGUCUCGACCGACCUUCAGGUACCUAUGCCCUCGCCCAAUUCAAAAAUGGGGGAGGUUGGGGUAACAAGUCAGUCGGUGCAAUUUUACACAUUUCUUCGACCAGUUAGUGACGGAUUUCAGUGCAUCUUAACUAUCACUUGUGAAACAGAAUAUACAAACUCUGCUUCAUGACUGAAACUUUAAUCUCUCUAGGACAAAACUGCAUUAGGACACUGAUCAGCAGCAGGGAAAAAGUGAUAAAAGUAUUAGACAGUAAAAAACAAUGAGUGUUUUCUUCCAUAAGCAAAAAAAUAAAAAAUAAAAUAAAAAAAGCAUUAUUCAUGAAUGUUUGUCUGUUUAAAGAAUGCAGUUAUACAUCAAAGGAUCUCCUUUUGAAACAAGUGAGCAGCAGAGAACGAAUGUGUCAUUUGAUACUCUUGAUAAUUAUGGUUACUGAAAUUGAAGCAUACAAAGUUAAUACAAAAUCUUUGAUAAAACCAGAAAAUAAAGUGAGAGAACGAGAAAGAACGAUUUAAAAAUUGCGAAAAAAUUGGGUCAAACACUCCCCCACACUGAUGUAAGCCUUAUAUAUAUAUUAUAUAAACAUAAUCAUACAUUCAUGAAAAGGGAAAAAUAUAAGAAUACAUUAAUGCUUAACUGUAGUUAGUCUUACAAGCUUUCAUUCAACAUCAUCCUUUUCAAUGGCCUAACGUCUGAGAUUCACUGUAGCAUCACUUUCCCGCUAAUAUAUUUUUCUUCAGCAAACUCAUCUCUUUAAUUUUUCUGAGAGCCUUUCAAAAUGACUUUGAUGUUUUAGCAGUUACAAAUAAAUAUUGUACACAUCUACAGGUCGAGGUAGCUGGUGGCAUUUUCUCAUGAAUUCGGUGCUUGAUGUAACCCGUUGGAAUAAUUUUCUAUGAUCUAAGAAUUAAAGGAGAUGAACUUA